UUCCAAUAUCAUUCUGAUGUUAGUGUUCGUUCGAAUUGGCCUGUGAGUAUAAAACGGAACGGGUUCCUUAAUAAUAAUCUUUGGUUUUUUGGCUUCGAUAGGAUUCAUUGUUAAAAAUGUUGAAAAUAGUUGGUAUUUUAGCCAUGGUCACUAUGGCUUAUGCCGCUUUAGCAAGAUAUCCACCUCAAGAGAAGCCGGCAGAGUUUGCGAACCAAGAAGGAUGCUACAUCGCGGCCCUGAAGAGAGUGUUGCCUUACGAAACACCUUAUUAUCCAGAUCAAAAAUGUGAACGGUACAUUUGUCAAAGAAACGGAGAAACUCGCUGGGAAACUUGCGGGGCUGUCUUCAUCAAGCCAGGAUGCAGAAAGACUGAAGUCGACCUCAAAGGUAGCUUUUUAAACAUCUUUUCUGUAAAAAUGUACAGUUUUUGUUUAAGUAUUGUUUGGCUAUCAGCUGUGGUGUAUACUAACGCUGCUGUUGCGUUGUAUAAGGCACAAGAAAAGCCCGCAGAAUUUGCAAACGAGGAGGGAUGCUACAUAGAACACUUGAAUAAAGUGAUACCAUAUGGCGAUUAUUACCCGGAGAAGUCGUGUUACAAGUACACGUGUGAUACGGAUAAUAUUACGCAGGCGUUCUCGUGUGGCGUCUUAGCAGUAUUGCCUGGUUGUCGCAUAGUUGAAGACCGCUCUAAACAUUAUCCUGACUGCUGUGGCAAGGCUGUCUGCGAUACAACUACGCCGCGUUCAACUGUGGCAACCUGCGACGAUUCUGCAACCUCUGAAGCUCCAGGAACCACUGAGGCAUAAACAUAGAACUUAGAGCCACCUCUCACUAGCGUAUCCCGAGCGUCGGCGUCUAAUCAACGGUAUGGCUGCUGCUCAACGCAACGUUGGUGCAACUGCCCUGCGACGCCAUUUUCCAUAGCGCUGCCUAGACGCCGACACUCAAAAGACGCUAGUGUGGGGUGGCCCUUAAACUCAAUCUAAGCGAUCGAUGGCACAGAAUAAAUAAUAGUACUACCGUAUAGAAAUGCCACUUCCUACAAAACCGAAGUUCGACAGCGAUUCAGGGACGAAUUACGCUGGCACUAUCCCUUUUGGCAAUUUAGGGUUGUCAAAAUACAAGUCAUUAUCUUAUCUAUGGUCGUGCACGUAUAGGGAUGUCAAGUUGUUCCAACCCUAAUAAUUGUUCGGAGCAAUGCUGAGCCGAACGGAGCCGAGAAAAGCCGAAAGGAGGAGUGUCGCCCUACUUGCACUACCUACUAAUUUAAAACAAAAAUCGAUUUAGAUUAGAAUUAGAACUUUUUGUAAUAAGGUUGCCGCCUUUAGGCCCCGUAGGUUCGUAUUCUCUCACUUUCACUGAGCGUGCUGUGCGUGUUCCGGAUCUGUACCCCUAGUAUAAAUUUAGUCGAUAGCGAAAAGCGAAAAAUCUCAUACAAAAUGACACUUAACGCAAACGCGUACGUCACGUUUCGCUGUCGAAAAUAUUUACACUAGGGGUACUGAACUGAAUAUGUAACUUAUGUAAGUCAUACUCAACCUCGAAAUCGCGAAAAAAAAAACAGCUUUUCCAUAGAAAAAGUGAUUCACCAAAACGUAUGAGAUGGCUGAUUUGUUUUGCGAUUUCAGGGUUGGGCCCAUAGUAAAAUUUAUUCAGUAAGACCUAAAUAUCCACCCCUCAGCGCACGGUCAAACAACAAUUUCCUUAAUAUCAAUAGGGCGUGUAAAUUGUAGAAACAAAUAAUGUAUCUAAAAUGAUUACACGAUAUAACUAGAA